UCGUCUCCCUCGUUGGAUCGAAGUGCGCUAAUCUACAUGUUGCUCUUGGCGGUGCAGUUUGGGCUACAACCCAUUUUGACGAGACGAUUCACACCGCCUGACAUUACACGAUCUACGGUAGUUUUGAUACAGGAAUUAGUUAAGGGCUUGCUUGCUUUAAGCAUGAUGCAAAUUACGGGAUCCACAAAGUCGGCCUUGAACGGAUGGUCGGUGAGGACAUGGAUUUCGGUAGCCGCUGUUCCAGCGGUCUUGUAUGCAAUACAAAACAUGGCAGCUCUGGUCGCGUACCAAAAUUUGGAUGCUUUGACAUUCAAUGUAUUGAACCAAACGAAAACGCUCUCUGCGGCCUUGUGCUGUUAUUUUGUAAUGGGACGCAAGCAGUCUUUGACGCAAAUACUGGCACUCCUGCUGCUACUACUCUCUGCCUUGAUUAUGGAAGGCAUCGUUGGGAAUGACCCUGGGGAAGACAAUUUUGCCUCGGCAACCGCGUGGGAUGCGAAGCACUACACCCACGGUGUGGCGCCUAUAUUGCUCGCCUCCUUUAUUUCAGGGUUGGCGGGGGCGCUCUCACAAAGCAACUUACAGUCGACUGCCGGAGGUGGCCGCAAUCCGUAUUUGUUUAGUUUGGAACUGUGUGUAGCGAGUAUUUUGGUGCUCACCGCCAGCCUCGCUAUCUCUACCGACGGACAGCAUGUGUUGCGAGAAGGGUUCUGGCAGGGUUGGACUUUACCAACAUUUAUUCCAAUCGUUGUGAACAGUGUAGGUGGAAUUCUGGUGGGUUUGGUCACGAAAUACGCAGGUUCGGUACGGAAAGGCUUCGCUUUGAUUUUUGGAAUACUAGUAUCAGGAUUGAUUCAG